CAAACACUUGUAUUAUGACUAUGGUGAGCCACCUCUCGCAGUGAUCUAUACGCUCAUGGAUUCAUCUCCUCCUAGUCGGACCCAACUGAUACCAGCGAACUCUUAUGAAUGUACAAUACGAACUACCAUGCAAGCAUGAAAGAGUCUAUACUAAUUCACCCCAAAAACCGACUACGUUCGCCACUGUCAAAGGCCUCGAACUUGCACGGCUAAUUUAGAUUCUGCCAUAAUUCUUUCCCCUCAGAACGCAAGGAACUUCCGAUUUUGCGAUCAUGGUGUAUGACCGAGCUCAUAGCCGGUUGCUAGUCAAGCAUUUCUGGGCUGAGUAUUGGUAACAAGAUUAUCGUACCAUAAUACGAAGGGACGACUAUCUUCCUUCGAUUGGUCUGGCUAGGGGAGACUAGUGUACCAUUGGUUUUGUUGGCAAGCUACGUGGGUGACUCCUCUCGCGCAUACCGAUCACCAAUGGCACAAGGGUCGACUGCGAGUGCGUCCUUCGAAUGCUUCUAUUGGGUACCCAUCUUGUGUUUCAACUCACGCCAUCCUUGAAGCGGUGUUGGCUCGGUGGAGAGCCGGAGAUAUCGAUCAACAUAUGCCCUUAUCUCGUUUCACGUGGAAUUAAAGGUGGUAUAAGAGGCGAAGGCAUGAUGCCUUCGCGCUUCUUAUACAUCUGUAUUUGUUCCACUCACUCACAAACUCUUCUCACUAUGGCUUGUCCUGACACUGUUACGCUCAAGAAUCUGACAGGAAAACACAGACUUAACAAAGGGCUGAGCGACGGCAUUGAUGAGACAUUGAAACUGCAGGGCGUUGGCUACCUGAAGCGUACCGCUAUCGCCAACUUCUCCCUUACACUGGAAUUCAGCCAACACACGGACGACGGCAUAGAACAUAUCGAUAUUAAGCAGACCCUGUCAGGAGGCUUCAAGGCUCCUACAGAAAACAUAGUUAUGGAUGGCGAGGAGCACCCCAAGAAUGACGACCUCUUUGGACCUCUGAUCGGCCAAACCCGUCGUGUCAAGGUCGACGAACUUGAUAUCGAUUUCCUGAAGGAAGAAUGGACGGAGGAUACUCUUGAGGAUGGCGUUAUCUAUGGUGUCGUGAAGAGCGACACUGAGAAGACCGGGAAAGACUGGGUCAUACACCUGGUUUGGGGUUUCACGAUCAAGGAGGGUGUGAGAAAAUUUGCCCGACGCUACAGGUUCACCACAAAGGAGAGGUCUGAACCGAUCGAUGUCAAGUUGUACUACGACUAUGUGGAGUAAGGCUUCAUGAUAGAAAAAUUUGUGCCUGCACGAUAGUGAAUAUAUGACUGAGCUACAUGUAUAUGGCGGGUUUAUCCCUGCGCCAGGAGAGAGUGCGGAUGUCUGAGUUGGCCACGCUUUUGGCAUGAACUAGAUCAUCGAUCAGACCCUGAUCUUGAAGUUUGGGGUCACGUGGCAACUAUAAGUAGGCAACCGUAGCACGGACGAGGUUGUCCAGCCCAACCAACUUAGUUCAACUGCCAACCCUUCUCCAUUACAUCCUCGACUACCUGUUUCUCAUAGUUCUAGUCCAUUUCAAUACUCAGUUCAUUCACCCGAUAACGAUGGAUGAAGAAUACGAUGU